GUGGAAAACACUUCGAAAAGCAUUGCUAUUUGUAGAGAAGACAUUGAAAUACCUUACCACUAUGAAGGGAAGUAUAUAGGAGGUUUCUUCGGCAAAUACGUCAAAAAAACAACGAGUUAAUUGCGCCAUUGUUCCUAAAUUGCGAUUGAUAAUGUUUCACGUAAGUAAACUUAAUGAUAUAAUGUAUAGUGUUUCGGCGAGUCUCGUCAACGGUUUUUAAAUCUCUGGUACUGUCUUGACAAAGCGGUUAGCGACGUCUUAGAAUACCACGAACUCCUUUUUUUUUGUAGCAAAGCCCAAAAACUUAAAACCGUGAGUUUAAACUAGUUGAGAAAAAUCUAAUCUAUAUACGUCACAUACGUGCUUGACAAUGGUAUAAAAACGAAACGCAAUGUAUCAUCAUCACCUUUCGCAAUCGCAGCAAAAUGCUCAAGAUUGUUCUUGUUGCAACUAUCGCCGCUCUCGUAGCCGAGGCAAGUCCGAUGCCUCGUCUUCAACUUCCACAGCUCGAUGGAAGAAUAGUGGGCGGAGUUGAUACUACGAUCGAAUCUUACCCACACCAAGUUUCGGUUAUGUAUUUUGAUCGUCACAUCUGUGGUGGAUCGAUUAUUGCACACAACCUAAUCUUGACAGCAGCCCACUGCACUCGCGGCCAAGAAUACUAUUUCCUCAACAUCCGUUAUGGUAGCAGUUUAAAGAACGAAGGCGGCCAAAUCGUUGCCGUGUCCGAGAUAAACGACCAUCCCAGUUACGACCCAACCACCCAAGAUUAUGACAUUUCAGUUUUGAAGGUAGAAAAGGAUUUUGAACUCUCCCCCAAGGCUCAGAUUAUUGGACUAGUCUCUCCCAACACUCAAGAAGGAGAUCGCCACGCGUUCGUAUCCGGAUGGGGUGCCCUCUACUCCGGCGGCCCAUCGCCCACUCAAUUGCAGGUGGUUGAAGUUAAAGAAGAAGCUCGCGUUGCCUGCAGUAAGGCGUACGGUAACAAAAUCACCGACAGAAUGAUCUGCUUUAAAAACCCUGGUCAAGACGCUUGCCAGGGAGAUUCCGGCGGCCCACUAGUUUCUGGAGGUGCCCAAGUCGGUGUAGUUUCGUGGGGAUGGGGAUGUGCAAAUGCUAGAUUCCCCGGAGUUUACUCACACGUCGACCAUGCGUCCCUCAGGAAUCAUAUCGUAGGCAUCAUGAACAGAAAAUAGUUUUGUACAAGAAAAAUAUGUAAUGCAAUAAUUCUUGUGUUCUGUUUUUAAUUCGCGUAAUAAAUAAAUAAAUGCAUAAUGGC